AUGCGUACCAUCACAGCCGCGACCCUCCUCAGUUCGCUGUUCAUCUCCAGUGCUGUUGCCUCCUGGGGUUCUCCCAGCUUCAAACGGGACGACGGCGAUUCCGACCUUCCCAAGGACAUCGAUCCGGACACCAAACCCGAUUCUACUGGAGACUCCAGCACCCCACCUUACCCUCCACCCCCUUCCCCUCCCGCAACCACUUCGGUCGACGAUGAUCCCGAAGCCCAGCCCAGCUUCAUAGUCGGUUCUGCACCCAAGCAGAACUGGGACAACGGCAACAAGAACAACAACGGCUGGAGUGGCCAGCCCAAGCAGAACGAUGGCUGGAGCGGUAACAACAACAACAACAAUGGUAAUAAUGGUUGGGGGAAUAACAACGGGGGCGGUAAUGGUUGGGGGAAUAACAACAACGGUGGUGGAUGGGGCAAUAACAACAAUGGGUGGGGGAACGUCGUCCAGCUUCAUCCCAAUGGGAACUGGCGCAAGUGUUUGAACGUGAAGGACGGUAAAUUCUGGAAUGGGGCCCCAGUCGAGAUCCUCGACUGUAACAACUCGCCCUCGCAGAACUGGAUGAUCAAUAACGGGAACACCAGGGUUCAGGUUGCAGGUCAGAACUACUGCUUGGACGCCGGAUCUGAGUGGCCGCAGGUCGGCACUAAACUCAAGAUCUGGCAGUGCUUCGACAACAUCCCUGCCCAGAGCUGGUUCUACACCGAUGAUAAGAGGAUUGCUCUGGCUGGUAGAGGUCAAUGCGUGGAUCUGACCAACGGCGACACUUGCAACGGCAACCAGGUUCAGAUCUGGAGUUGCACACCCUACAACGUCAACCAGGUCUGGACGACGUAA